CAGUCCUCAGUGCUUUUGAAUUCUUUUAUUGUAACGCUGACUUUAAAAAGAUGCUGCAACCAAUGUGACUACAUAGCUAUUUGUUGAAACAAAGAGAUGAGAUGUUCAGAUAAGUUAUAUUUCUAUAGCCUACUUGCAACAGAAUGUAUUGUAAAAAAACUUACGGACUGAUGAAGGAAAAUGCAUACCUACGUACAUACAUAGGCAUACGUAUUUAACUUUCAUUGGAAUUUUUCCAUAAAAUGUCAAAAUGUUUUCUACUGCCAUCUGUUUCAUUGUAUUAAGCCCUUUGCUUUGUAUACACUAAUGUUGCUUAAAAUGUUCUUUUUUUUCCCCUCUUUUUAAUAGAAGCUGCUCAACUGUUUACCAAUACAGAGAGCUGCAAAUAACUCAUACUGAAUCCAUGCAUAAAAUAGUACUAAAAACCAAACACUGGGAAGAAAAAAAGAGGAAUGACCACCAUCUGGACUGUUAUAAUGUGUUGUCACUGCUGUUUUAUGGCAAAUGCUGGGAUACGUGCAAAAUGUUAACUAACUGUAAAUGCAGGCAUCUGCCUUGCUCCUUCUUUCAAAGCAGGUGUGCCAGUGGAUUUAGCAAGGAGGGGCUAGGCUUCUAAAAAAGGAGCUCAAAGAGAAUUCAAGGACUUCUUGGGUGUGUCUCCUUCCAUUCAUACAGAAUCAACUGUGCCUGAAGAAAUUUUCAGUUCUCAUCAGUAUUUUCUAAUGCUCUGCAGACAGAGAUUUCUCUAUUUAUUUCUCUACUUUUAUAUUUAUCUUGUUUUGCUGUUAUUUAAAGUGAUUACUCCUUUUCCUGACCCUCUGAAUAUGGAAAACUGACUAUUAGUCUUCACUUUGAAGGAAAAGUAUUUAUCACUUUUCCUCACAAUCUUCUCUUGGGCUAUACAGAUCAAGCAAAGUUCAUUCCCUUUUUCUUAAUGGACCAUAUGUUCUACGUCAAACUUUUUUUUUUCUUGCUGUUUUCUUUUGAGCUUUUUUCGAGUAGUCUUUAUCUAUCUUCAAGAGUGGUGUCAGGGACAGUACCUAAGACAUCCUUUCUGAGGCUGGAUGGAAAGGAAGAUUCACAUGCCACGUGGAAAGCUUCCAUGUGAAGUUUCCAAUAUGAAUUUCACUUUCCACAGUUUUGCUUUUUGUUGUUUAAUGUUUUAUUUUCGUAUAAGUGAAACAUCCAGAUCAGUCCAAAAUAAUAAUAAUAAAAAAUCUGGUUUGGUUAUUGUUGCUGAAGUUUAAAGGUACUACUCAUUGUUUCACUGGAACUGCACGUUAUUUCAGUGCAUUAAGAUAAUUUUGAAUACUAGCCCCCAUCUGCCAGCAAUCUAUUAUACCUUCCAGGUAGUUCUCAUUUGUCAAUUGGAGAAGUGUACAGCCUGUUUCAUCAUCCAGGCCAUUAAUGAUAAUACUGAAUAGCAUCAGAUUAGUAAAUUGCUAUUGGAGUUUGUCCUGAAGAAGCCCUUUGCUCUUGCUAGGCACCUCUGCUGCAAACAGAAGCACGGGCUGAGCCAUGUGGAGGCAUGGCGAUCGCUUCAGGUUCUGACUUCACCUGACUAGUAGCUAAGUUUCAUGUGUUAGGAGGGAAAAGUAACAGCUUCCCUGUACUGAAGGAUAGAACCUUGUAGCGUGUGGCUGUGAGGUGUUAAGAGGAUAAAUUAGUCUUGGGGAAGCUCCAUGGCAACCAACAUGUUCUUACACAUAUACACAACUUGUUUUUUGUAAGUAUAUAGUUUUGGUUAAUAUUAACAUGCUUCAGGGGUGAAAGGAGGAAGAUUUGGAAGUAGCAGUGAGAGAACACCUUCUUCAUAAUUUGGAAAUUAAUGAUCAGUCAGAAUGUGAGGAAAACAAAUUGUUCCUCCAGAACAAUUCCAAGAAUGGGCACUUGAGGCAGUAUCUGUACAACUGGCAGACAAUCAAAAGCAAAAUCAUCAUGAGUGCUGUAUAUAAAGAAAAUCCAGGUGUAGGAAGAACUAGUGGCAAUUUGAACAGAGUCUGCUUUUGAUCACAGCUUGGGGCAGGAGCAUUGAUGUCAAUGCUUCUGACUGUGAGAGGGUCAGAAGCUAUGUGAUGUGGAAGAAAUCCUGCUGCAUUCUGCAGAGCCACAUGUGAUAGACAGCAGGGGACUGGGGGGUUGUGCUGGGAUGCAUGAGAUGUAAUUGGGAGUUAAAAGUAUGCUGAGAAGUGACAACAUGGUUCUCUGUGGUUUAAGAAGUAGAACAAAUACAAUAUUAAAAAAUAAAUCUUUGCAGCACUAUCUCUUUGCUUUGUUUGUAGUUUGCAAGACCUUGAGCUCUGUUCCUCCCCUAGGUACAAAUACCUGAUUGGAUUAUUAAUAUUGCAUCAACUUCAGGCUAGUUUAUUUAAGCUUUAAGUCACUAAAUUUUCUUUUUUUCUUGAUACAGGCUGUUAAUUUCAUGUUUUUUAAUAUAUUAAUGCCAGUUUUGGAAAUUGCAAAAUACUUACUUGAGGAUGUUUGGUUUUUUUUUUGGUGCUAUAUCGCUUGUCUCCUCCUAACCUUCCCUUUUUGUGCCUUUAUUCAAGUCUCUGUUGUAAUGUUUUUAAUUAUUAUUUUGAUUGGGGAAGCUUUUUUUUUCUUUUUCAGUGCUUAUACAGCAACUAGCACACUAAGGUUCUUUCUGGCUUAGUCACUAUGUCACUUAGUCACUAGGUGCUUCAGCUGUGUGAUGGGCAUUGAGAAGAAAAUCAAACAGGGAUACACAAAAGCAGUGUUUUGAAUUGAGCUUAUGGUAAAUAAAUAAAAUGAACUGUCAGAUAAAGUUCAACCAGUGUAACUACCAGCUUAUUUAUAAAGCAACAAAAAAUAAUAAAAGAACUCCACAUUUUGUAAAAUCCGUUUAGAAGUCAUUUCAAUUCCAUAACGUAUAGGUGUGAAGUUAAACUGGUUUUAAAACUCUUAGAACUCUUUCCAUUGAACAGGAUAGCAGCGUUCCAGAAAAAAAAUCAAGAAAUUCAGUUGCACCUUUUCAGCCAAAACCUACCAAUAGCUGCCAUACUGCUUGCUUUUGCAUUUCAUAAUUAUAGUAAUGAGUUUGUUAUCUAAGAGAUCAGUUCUUUCACCAGUGGAACUAGCAAUGCGUACAUCUGUACAUUGAUAAGAUGUUUUACCUUUUAAAUGCUUAAUUUCAAAACAGGCACAACUUAAUUUGGACAAUUGCAGAAAAGAGAGACUGGGACUGGGAGCUUCUUGCAAGCUUAUAAGCUGUGGCUUGGUACCGAAUGGUAUUUAGAAAUGCUCAGUUACUUGGCAGGAAGUUUGAAAUUAGCACAGGGAAUUGCUCUUUCACAUGGUAUGCACUUCAGUUAUGGAAUUCAUUGCAGUGGGCUGUGGAUUCACAGUAUAAGGGUUAUUAUAUGCAAGGACACAUAUCACAGGAAGUCUUACACUAUCAGUACUGGAAAAUUAGAUGGGGAAACUAUCUCACUGUAAGCUUGCUUUUUGCUGUUUGAUUGAUUCUUCUAAUAGGCUCCUCCCAAGACACCUGCUUUCUAGUAGAAACUUUUAAGCUUACCCAACCUACUGCAGAUACUAUUACAUAGAUAAAAAUGAUUUGUGCUGAAUAAUUCCUAGUUUGUGUUUCUGGGAUAAGUGUUGGGAAGCUUCAAACAUCACUUGUUUGUAGCAAGAAGGUAUCCGAGCUCUUUAUUCAAGUUAACGAACUUCAGAAAAACCAAUUAAUCCAUGGUGGUUUUGUAAUCAGAAUGAGAGUUUGAGCAGGAGAAUGUCUAACAAACCAUUUGUACAUGCUUUUUUUUCUGUAAGCAAUUUUGUGUGAAGUUUCUUGAAAUUUGUUUUAGGUGAACAAGUCACUUCAAAAUACAGAGAAGACUCCUGUUGGAUUUAUGACAUUACACAGUCAUUCUCACUUCUCAUCAGUUCACAUCAGAACAAGUGGACUCUACUACAGCUUUAUCUACAAAAUACAGGACACUUCUGGCUUACACCAAACCUUCCAUUGGCCUAGCUAGAGGGAGGCUCCUUUUUUGCUCUUACAGUUCACUUCUUUUAGUUUAAGUAAAUUCAUUUUGUCACCCCUCUGCAACUCCAUUGCAGCUAUGAUGAAGAAAGCUAGUCCACAUCCACAAAUGAGGAAGGGAAAAAGAAGGGGGAUGAGGGUGGAUUAAGAAAGGGUUUUGACAGUUGUCAUGCUUGGUCGUGAGGAUCAUGACAGUUUAAAGGCCACAAAGUACAGUUCCUGGAAUAUGUGCCUUUUUUUUUUUUUCCUACUGUGUUUAACUGUUUGUCUUGUAUUCAGCCCAAUCACAAAACAGGACUUUCUCUGCACUGAAGGUUAGAGUACUUUGAUACAUUUCAGAAUGAACAGAAGUCUGUCUGACUUGCAUGCUGUAAAAAUAAGCAAGGAAACAGAGAAAGAAAGAGAGAAAAUCUCAAGGGCAUGCACACAUGAUUGGCUUUCAUAGCCUUGCUCAGUCAUCCACAGCAUGAACAGCAAGAUGUGUGUGUAAUUACAUCUGCUUCUACCUAGUUCUGCAUGCUCAGCAUGAAAAAGGGUAAUUAUGGUGCAUUUUGAGAAGAAGGUAAUGCCAUAUAGUUAAAAUCAAGGUUACAUUUUGCUUUCAGAUAUAUAUGGAGGAACUUUUUCUUCAAGUUUUCUUUAUGAUUGAUUCUGCCAGUAUAAACAGAUGGUGAAAGAGCAGUAAAAUCUCAGUGGGGAAAGGUCACUAGAACCACUCAAAGAAGGAUUAGAUCCCAGAUUUGAGCAGUACGGAAAAAGCAUGAAUAGGCAUUUAUUUCUCCAUCAUUUAUGGAAGUGUCUCCUGCUAAGACAGACAUAAAGGCUCUGAGUUGAGCCAGACCUUAUGGCUCUUUCAUUCUGUGCUAUUGUCCAUAUUGCCGACAGACAAUUUCAUAAUCAGGUUGUACAAGUUAGCUUUUCUUUUAUUUGCUCUAUUUAUCAGUACCAAGUUCAUUAUGUACUUGUGAUGGCUUACUGAAAUCACAUUCAGGUAGCCAGUGAGGUGAAUGAGUGACAGAAUCAGUCAGUUUUGAGGUCUGUAAGCAGAGAAUUUGAACGUGUUGGAAUUACUGUAAUUAACUUCCUAAAUUCUUGCAAUUUGUCUGAUUUAUUUGGUUGCAGCUUGUCUGUUGCUGAAUCAAAACAUAAAUUUCUACAGCUCUUGAUUCAGACAGUAUCCUCAGCUAGAUUUUGGGAGUUUAGUAACCCUGAACAAAUCAAAGGUAGUAUUACUUCCCUAACUGGCAGUUAAUGUUUUGUUAAGCACAGAGCUUUAUUAAGCAGGGAGUAUAACUGUUGCAAGUUGGAGAACGUUCCUCUGAAAAUUCAUUAUUCUUUGGGCCCCACGAAAGAUACUAAACUGCACAAGGAAACACACUAGCUUCUCUGAUGUGGAUAAGAGUUGAAUAUUUUUCAGCUGUUCUUGUUCCUUUACUGUAUUCACACUCCUUUGUGACAUUAGAAAAGGUAACAGGAAGUUUGAUUUCACAGUGGAGGUUCAGGGUGUCUGUUUUAACUAAAUGCAUGUGGAAAUGACAAAGCAAGUCUCUGUUGCCCAUGCUUUUGAGAUCUGUAGAUGGGGCAGCUUAUGUUAUUGUCACAGGGUGAUAGAAUGUCUUGCACUGGAAGAGACUCACAAGGAUCAUGGAGUCCAACUUCUGCCUCCACACAAGGCCCAAAAUUCAAACCCUGUGUCUGAGUGUUGUCCAAAUGCUUCUUGAACUCCAGCAGCUCGGGGCCAUGCCCACCACCCUCUGGUGCAGAUCCUUUCCCUAACCCCCAGUUGCUUCUCCCCUGACAAAGCUCCAUGUUGUUCCCUUGGGACCUAUCGCUGUCACAGAGAGCAGAGUUCAGCACUGUCCUCCACUCCCCAUGAGGAGCUGCAGCUGCCAUGAGGCUUCCCCUCAGCUCUUCUGCUCUGGGCUGAACAAACUGAAAGGCUGCAGCCUCUACUCAUGUACCUUGCCAUCUAGAUCAUUCCCCAUCUUCAUUGUCCUCCUUUGGAUGCUCUCUAAUAGCCUUACGUUGUUCUUACACUGUGGUGCUCAAACCGGCACACAGUGCUUGAGAUGAGGCUGCACCAGGACAGAGCAGAGUUGGGCAAUUUCUUCAUAAUAGAGCAGCUUCAGUAGAAGAAGCAUGUUUUUCAAACACUAAAUUUCUGAUGUAUAUACUAGUGUGCUGUCUUAUUUCUACUUGCUGGCAUCCAGAGCAGAUGUAUAGAAAUGAGUGAUGAGGAUUAUUUUGUUCCAUCAGCUUUUAUAUUUUGAUGGAAGAACACCUUUAUCUUGCUUAUGAGUUGACUCAGUGGAGUCCUACCUGUGGCUCAGCUGUGUGAGAAUUCAGUUUUAAGCUAAUAUUUGUAUAGCAUGACAUACAGCCUCUGACUUAGCAGGGUAUAUAUCCCAUGACCCCCAUAUCACGUAUAACUUUUUUUGUUGUCAUCCAUCUACUCUUAAAUGACUGGAACAGUUGAGUCCAGCUCACAGAUAACACUGCAUGAUGUAUGAGAGUAAAUGGCCUGGGGUCACGGGGGCCCUGUAACUUUGUUUACAGUAAAACUGAGCUUUAACUUCUUUCAGAACAGGCAGGCAUGAAAGAAGCACACACUAGUAACUCGUUACUUCAUAAUCUGUUAGGCUGAUGAUUAGACAGAAUUGAGUAACAUUUGUCAACAAAUGAGAGUGAAACUUCUGCAGAAGGAAAUAAAAUGAAUUAAUGAAUUAAACCUCUGGAAUAAUAACACAUAUAUUUUCCUUUUAUUUGUUUUACCUAAUCUGCGUGCCCACUUUGAAAAUAAGUGCAUUGCCUGAGAGCUUUUACAAACAGUUCAGUUUUUCUUGGAAGUAACAGUUUUCUUCCUUUAUCUUCCUCUCCCUUUCCUUUUUCAUGUUUCACUUUUUUAAAAGUUCGAAGUAUACUGAUGCUUUGAUAUGAGGGGCUGCAGGUUAAAAACCUACCUAACCAAUUUCUGAAUUAAACAUUAAAUAUUGUCUUUAUUCACACGCAGACUUCUCAUUGACUUACCCCUUACACCAGCCUGGGUUCCCAUCAGGGGAAGCCUUACAGCAAAGUGCACAAAAAUUGUGUCAUAUGAGAAAAGAGCACAGCUCAGUGAAUUUGGACCCUGGAACCAUGAGUGGGUGCCCCUUCAUGGGGAACAAAUACCUAUAUAAAUUUAGCAAGCUGUCUUUGAAAGAUGAAAAAGGUGACAAAUCACAAGAGGGAAUAAAUAAAGCCAGUAAAGGUGGACUUAUCUAUGGAGAUUACCUGCAAUUGAACAAAAUACUGAAUGCCCAAGAGCUACAGAGCGAAAAGAAAGGAAACAAAAUCCAUGAUGAGCAUCUUUUUAUUGUGACGCAUCAAGCUUAUGAACUUUGGUUUAAGCAGAUUCUGUGGGAGUUGGACUCUGUUCGGGUGAUCUUUCAAAAUGGACAUGUAAGAGAUGAGAGGAACAUGCUGAAGGUUAUUACUCGAAUGAGCAGAAUUUCAAUGAUUCUGAAAUUACUUGUGGAACAGUUCUCAGUUUUGGAAACCAUGACUGCAUUGGACUUCUUUGAUUUCAGAGACUACUUAAGCCCAGCCUCAGGUUUUCAGAGCCUGCAAUUUCGUUUGCUAGAGAACAAGAUUGGUGUUCCACAAAGCCUGAGGGUCCCCUAUAACAGAAGGCAUUAUCGUGAUAACUUCAAAGGAGAGGAUUAUGAACUACUGCUGAAAUCAGAGCAAGAGCCAACACUUCUGCAACUUGUGGAGGCAUGGCUGGAAAGAACUCCAGGACUUGAGGCAGAAGGAUUUGAUUUCUGGGGCCAAUUUGAAGUGAAUAUUUUAAAAGGACUAGAAGAGGAAUUUGCCAUAGUACAGGCCAAACCAGAAUCAGAAGAAAAAGAGGACUUGUUAUCUGAAUUCCAAAAGCAGAAAGAUACAUUACUUUCAUUAUUUGAUGAAAAACGGCAUGAACACCUGCUUAGUAAAGGAGAAAGAAGACUGUCUUAUAAAGCACUGAAGGGUGCCCUAAUGAUCUACUUCUACAGAGAGGAGCCCCGUUUUCAGGUUCCCUUUCAGCUUCUUACCUCUCUUAUGGAUAUCGAUGUACUCAUGACAAAAUGGAGAUAUAACCAUGUCUGCAUGGUGCACAGAAUGAUUGGCAGUAAGGCUGGCACAGGAGGUUCAUCAGGCUACCAGUACUUGCGCUCAACAGUGAGGGACAUAAAGUCCCACUAAACCAAAGGAACAUGGAAAAGAAGAAUUUCCUGGGAUCAGACUGCACUUCCAGAAUUGAGUUGACACCAACCCAAGCAGUACUUGAAUUGUGGAUUUUAAUAUCCUGCCUCACAGGAGGCAAGCUGCAAGUAUGAGAAAACAAAACUUAGAAGUUCAGUUGAUGGAAACAUACCUGUUGUGUCAAAACCAGUGAUAAGUACAGCAUGAUUUGCUUUUCCACUGGAGCAGUGAUACUGUAUGAUCCCACCAAGAUAAUCCUGCCAGCUAACUGCAUCUACUGUUACUGCCAAAGGACCCCAGUCAACAAGUACUCUCAUCAUCUCCUCUUCCUGACCACUGUGAAAGAAGUGAGUGAUAACAGAGUUUAAAGUUAGCAUAGUAAAGCAAUUUGAGAGGUGGUAAUCUACUUAAGUAUUAUAUAAUAAUCAAAUAAUUAAGCUUUCUCCUAUGAGUUCUACACACCAUGUAACAUACAUCAAUACAUACGCAUUUUAUUUACUACAACACAGGGCACACAGACUAUGGAUUAGGUACUGGUCCAAAGAUACAAUGCUGUUAAAAAGUCUUGGUCAAGUGGGCAAUACUAAGCACCAUGUACCUCUUAUGCCCCACUCCUCUCAAUUAGAAAACAUUAUUGCCUUUUAGUUUUUCAAACAUUCAGAUGAAAUUAACCUUGUAACCUUUGGCUUACUCUGACUCCAGCUAGCAAACACUGAAGUGAAAGUACAGCAACUAAAAAGAAGCAACAGCAGUUACCUGAAGUCAUAUGCAGCAAAUCCUGUUAUUGAAACUCCAAAAUCAGAGUGAGGAAAAUAAUGGCACAGUCCUGUCUGAGCUUUAAAAGUGUACUCUGAAUCUCUCACAAGUUUGACUUUUGUCUGCAAAGAGAUAAGUGAAUGAGAAUGUAAUGUGUUUGACUCAGUCCAGUCAAAACUGGACACACAAAUCCAAAUAAUGAGCCUUGCAUAAAUGGCCUCUUCUACAGUGGUACUGUAUAGCCAUUGCUUCAGUUGAUUUCAAUGGAACUACUGCAUCAGUCAAAGAAUAUUAUUCUCAUCACUUGUGGGUUAAUUUAUUGUACUCACAAGCAACAUAUUAUAGAUUAUAAAAUUCAAAUCAAGUUUCAGUUUUGCUUGAAAUACUACUUAAUUCUAGACUAAAUAAAUAACCACAUGCACACAAUUAAAAACCAGAUGAUCUGUAAAGCAUACAUCUCUUCUUCUCCAUCACUUCUUCCCCUAAAAAGCAAAACAAACCAAACGAACAAAACAACAGUGCUAAAGAAGGGUUCAAAAUUUAUAGGAAGUUUCAAACCUGAUUCAGCCAGCUCAAAGCAGUUAUUGUGGAACCACCACUGCAACCAUAAUUACUGUACGAACAAUCGAUAACUUGCUGUACGCUGAGUUCUUCCAGAUAAUGUCCCUUAAUUGCAUAGGCAGACUCUAUACCACCCACAACACUGAAAGCCCAGCAGCCUCCACACUGGAAGGAAGAGAAGAUAAACAGGAGAAAAAAAGUCAACUUUGCUUUUGUAACACAGUAUGGGGAAAUGUAAGGAUAAGGAGUUUUCCAAUGCUCUUCAUUUGCUACAUCAUUUUUCAUCUUCAUUUUUAUGGCAUUACAAAUAUGGAAUUGUUUUUUAUCCCUGCCGUGCUACUCUGUGAAAACUAGAAAUGAAUUAAAGGUGUCUUACUUUAAUG